AUGCCGAUAUGCAUCGAAUGUCGCUAUCCCGUGAGCAAUCUGUACACGACAUACAGCAAAGCCGAUGACAAAGCGCUGGGAAAAGGAGUGCGACUCACUCAGUGUCCGCGAUGUAAACGCUUCGCAGACAAGUACGUCGAGCACGAUUUUGUGGUAUUGUUUAUUGAUCUCGUCUUGAUCAAGCCUCAGGUAUGCAUGCACGCAAUACUUCUGCCGUUUCAAUCUUCCUCUCUCUUCUUUCAAGGGCUCGUUGUUGAAUAUCCGCCGUCAAUGACCGUAUUGCCGUGCAGCAACUGAAAGCGCGGUAGGUCUAUCGACAUCUUCUCUUCAAUCGGCUGGGACGCGAAGACGAGCGAUUUGAUGUGAGUCGAAGGAGAGAAUAUGAAGCACCAAGCGCUAAAAUACAUAGCCCUCAAUUAUACGCCUUGGCAUCCUGUUACUACUCUUCGACGUCUACUUAACUUGGGCUCGGAUCGAGAAAGCAACGCCAUCCUCACCCUCACUACCACUAUCACCACCACCUCCGUUGCCACCUUACUCAUCAGGAACAAGCAGCGCCUACAACGAAUCAUCGCGCCUCACAACCAGCGAUGCCGGCCUUCCAACGAGCUCUAUCGCCUCGCAACCCAUCCUGAUUCAAUACCUGUUCUUUCUGGCCCUCUGUACCCUGGAAACAGCUUCCUUCCAUCUCCCCAUCCGAACUUUCUUAUCGAUAAACUUCCCGAGACCUUUAUCGGCCGUGAUUCCGCAUUAUCCACACCCGGCGCUCAUCAGCACCGCUUUGCUGGUCUCGAGUUUCACCAAGCUCUUUCCGCUGAUGUUGCUGGUCUGGAACUAUGAUCUUCCCAGUAGCGCGAGCGCUGUGUCAUGGGCGGUGAUCAUCAACAAUGUGGCUGCGCUGGAGAUCUUACUUGACUGUGGCUAUGUGAGAGCUGCUAUCUUGGCUGCGGUCGGGGCUGUUUGUAGAGCUGCGAUUGGAUGGGUGAGUACUCUCCCUUCUCUAGAACGUGCUCUUCACCGCUAAUCGAGACAUGCAGGGUAUUCUACGCGCUGUCGGUGUAGGAGGCGGCGUGGCCGCUGCAGGUGUGGUAGAGACGGGCGAUCUCAUCGAAGUAUGGCGGACGCUCGUAGACACAGUUGGUCUGGGAUGA